UAGCUCGAACCGAUCCGUUGCCAACGUAAGAGAGAGCCAGCAAGCGAGUGUAAGUGAGGAACGAAAGAAAUGCAGAAGUCGAUGCUAACUUGUACAUCACCUCUAUUACUGGCCCUGAGGAUGCUAUCAUCAUCAUCAUCUUCUUCUUCUUCUCUCACUUCUUUUAACCCUAAAUUUCAUCUUCCCUUCACUUCUUCUCAACCCAUCUCUAAUCUCCCUCUCAAGACUCGUCUCUCUAAUUCUUGCGGUUUCUCUCAGUCUCAGAGGAUAAGGAUGACAUUGUCCAACAAGCGCUUCUCUGCGACGACGGCUGACCCAAUUCACAUUUCGCCCUCGGACCAGGCCCAACCCCAUUGCCCAAAUCCCCACGAACCCCACUCAAACUCACUUGUGGUCGUCUCCUUCUACAAGUUUGCUGAUUUCCCAGACCAUGCUGAUUUGCGCAAACCCUUGAAGCAACUCUGCCAGGACCUGCGUGUUUCAGGUGGCAUCAUUCUAGCCCCUGAAGGGAUCAAUGGCAGCAUUUGUGGCACACGGGAAUCAGUGGAAAGGGUCCUUGGAUUUAUUCAAACUGAUGACCGUCUAAGGGGGUUAAGGCAGAUAGAAUCACCGGUUAGUUCUGAGCAGGAAGCUAUCCAUCAUGGACAUUCUAGUAGUUCUCCUCUUGCAGCAGGUGAGGAUGCACCUUUUCGAUGGGACCAUGUAAGAGUCAAGUUGAAGAAAGAGAUUGUUACUCUUGGAAUGCCUGAUGUCUCACCAAUUGAAAAGGUUGGAAAGUAUGUUAGCCCAAAGGAUUGGAAUGCUUUGAUCAGUGAUCCAGAUACUGUGAUAAUUGAUGUUCGUAAUAACUAUGAAACUAGAAUUGGUAUGUUCAAAGGAGCAGUUGAUCCAUGUACCACAUCAUUUCGUGAGUUCCCAUCUUGGGUGGAGGAUCAGUUCCAACCUGAUGCUGCAGAUGUGGAGCAUGCAAAGGUUGAGAAGAAAGGAUUGAAUGAAAGCAUCAGUAAAGAUGCUGAGAUUCCAAAACAAAAGAUGCCAAAGCGAGUUGCAAUGUAUUGUACAGGAGGUAUUCGAUGUGAGAAAGCUUCAAGUUUUCUCCUUAGCAAAGGUUUUGAGGAGGUCUAUCAUUUGAAAGGUGGCAUUUUAAAAUACCUAGAGGAAGUUCCAAAAACAGAGAGCCUUUGGGAGGGCCAGUGCUUUGUGUUCGACAAACGAGUCUCCGUAGAGCAUGGUCUGGUACAAGGAAAUUUCAAGCUCUGCUAUGGGUGCAAGCAGCCUGUUAGUGAUGCUGACAUGGAAGCACCAGAGUGGGAAUACGGGGUUUGUUGUCCCCAUUGUUACUCAUUGCAGUCCAAAGAGGAGAAAGACAGGGCAAGAGCACGACAGAAGCAAUUUGAUGCUUGGGGAAUUAUUGGUGGUCCGCAUAAGGGUCGGCGACCAGCAAUAAAGACGGAUAAUAGAAAGACUAACCAAACCAAUAUUUCAACUCCAGUUUAGCUAGUCAGCAGACGAUUAAACAAGUUAAAUACGUUGGGAUAAUAAGUUCCAAGAGUCUAUUUUACUCAUCUUCUGUUUUGACUGUUUCUUUAUAUGCUUUUGAAGGUUAUAGAUAGCAGUUAAGUGACUGAUUGGAUUAAGUCCAACGUUUUUGUAUUAAACAAAUAUGCAAAUUAGUUAAACGAAGCUUCUGGGCAGCAAGGAGGAUAGGGUCAAAAUGAGGAAAUAGGACACUCUGCUUCGAACUUGUUGAAGAUGGUUUUUUUCAUUUUGUUUCAGAUUCCAGUUACUUAUGUUGUAAAAUGUCAUUCAUGGACCUCAAAUUUCGUUGGA